UCAGAGUCUACGUGGUGAGGUUUGGAACCACUAACCCGAUUGUACACUAAUCACCAUGGUUGAGACCCGUAGUGGGACGGAGACUAGUCCCUAUUCCCCUGAGCAACAAGCAAAGAUGGUCGCCUUAGUGAAAGAGAACAAGGAGAGAAGAGAGCGCGAGAAGCAGGCGAAACUAAAGGCUAUCGCAAACGAACAGGCGGCGAAGAUGAAGAGGUUGGAGGAGGAGAUGAAGAGAGUGCAACAAGAGGAGGAAGAAAGAAGAAAAGUUGCUGAAGCAGAAGCGGCAGCAGAAGAAGAGAAAGAGAGAAUGAGAAUUGAGAGUGGAGAAGGGAGCAGUGGUGGCACGAUGAAGUGGGAGACAAACACUGAGCUGGAGAAAAAGAUCAGCGAGUGGGUCGCUAAUUUAUCGUUGGGGGAAGAUGAGGAGGCGGAGUCCUAUGUGACUAAGGAUGAGAAGGCUGCGCUGGCCGCUGAGCUACUUUGCAUGAAUGACCUGUUUAGACCGUGGUUAGAUAAAUUUGUGGUAGUCUACUUAGAUGAUAUCCUAGUCUUUAGUAAGACCCUCCAGGAGCACCAGGGUCAUCUGAGGCAGGUCUUGGAGAAGCUUAGAGAGGCUAACUUCAAGAUCAAUGUGAAGAAGUGCGAGUGGGCCAAGACGCAUGUGUUGGACGGAGAUGGCAUUAAGCCAGAGGACAGCAAGAUAGCGGCGAUUAGAGAUUGGUCGACACCCCGCACGUUGACAGAGUUGCGGUUGUUUCUAGGCCUAGCUAACUACUACAGGAAGUUCGUGAGGAACUUCUCCACUAUCGCCGCUCCCUUGCGCAGGUUGUUGAAGAAAGAGACAAUCUGGCAAUGGGAUAAAGACUGUACGUCUCCGCUAAAAAAGUUAAAGCGCGCGUUAAUAGAAUAUCUUGUCCUCAAAGUUGCGGAUCCGUCCUUGCCAUUUGUCGUUACCACGGACGCAAGUCAGUAUGGGAUAGGCGCCGUGUUGCAGCAAGACGACGGCAAUGGCUAUAGACCCGUAGAGUUCAUGUCAGCGAGGAUGCCCUGUGAGAAGGUCGCUACCUCCACGUACGAGAGAGAACUCUACGCUCUCAGGCAGGCUUUAGACCAUUGGAAGCAUUACCUGCUUGGGAGGCACUUCAAAGUCUAUUCGGACCAUGAAACGCUUAGAUGGCUAAAGACCCAGGCCAAGAUGACACCUAAGUUGACUAGGUGGGCCGCAGAGAUAGACCAAUUCGACUUUGAGCUCAAGCCAGUGAAGGGCAAGUACAAUGUAGUGGCGGAUGCUCUGAGUAGGAGAUCAGACUACUUUGGAGCCGUAGUACAUUAUCUGGAUAUAGGGAGAGACCUGCAGGAGAAAGUGAAACAAGCGUAUACGCAGGACAAUGUAGUGGCGGAUGCUCUAAGUAGGAGAUCAGACUACUUUGGAGCCGUAGCCUAUCAACGUCCGACACAUAACAAUGCCGUGUUUUCUGAGGAAAUCGACGACCACCACGCUGCGGCAGCAUCCUCGAGUGAUGGAGGAAUGGUCGCAGCGCUUCCGCCAAAGCUUCCGCAGAGAGUUCGCAAGAACAAGGCGACACAAGGGACAACGGCGACGGGAGCUGGGCAGCAGCCAUGGACGGCUUAUAAGAUCACCAAGGAGGUCUAUGACCUUCGUCAAAAACCGGCGAAUCCGAGUGCGUAUACUGAUGGCGUGGGCGUACCUCACCAAGCUCUAGGGCCCUCGUUGCAUGUACCUCCGACGAUGGCGUACCAAGCGCCGGGAAUCGCGAAUCAAGCACAACAAGUGCUGCUUCAGCAGCAGUACCCAGCCAAUGUGCAGGGUCCUUUCAUGCAGUCGAUGUUACCCACUGCACAGCCUCUGGCUAUGGCGCCAUUUCCUCAGUAUCAGCUCGCCGGCUGGGGUUUCCAGAACUGGACUCCGGGCGGACAGGCUCCACUCGCUCCAAUGGCUCCGCCAGCUCCGCCAGCAGCGCCAACACUAAAUGUGUGGUAUCAACCACCUGCUAAUCAGCAGAAUUCCCAAGGCCAGAACGGUGAUCGGCCCUCUCAGGGUGGGAAUGGCAAAGGCCCUGCGGCUAAUGCCUUCCCAAGGCCUGGGAAUAGAGCCUACUUUACAAAAGAAUACAUGGAUAUAUUAGAGGGGAUUAAGAGCGAUAAAGCCCUAGAGGAGGCGAGAAAGAAAGUUGCGGGAGGUAGGUGCUCCGGGAUCAGGAUAGUGGAUCUUACCGAUGAGUCUAGAAGCUAGUCGGGCCACCACGGACAAAAGUGAGGAAAUGAAGGUGUGGGUGACCUCUACACUGGGAAACUCGUUGAAACUUAUCUCGGAUAAGUUGGAGUUGCUGGACAAGAGGAUAAAGUUGGCUGACGACG